UAUCUCCAGUGCUCUGUGUUGUGGAUAACAAAAUACAUAAAAAAUAACGAUAGGAUGGAGUGUGUUGUAAUUUAUGUUUUCAUGUAAUACUUAGUUUAAAAAAAUGAAUGAGAAACCGGAUGUUCGGCAGAAAAUCGAACUGCGUGCAUUAUCGUCAAUAUAUCCAUGCCUUGAAGAUCUCAAUAAUGGAAACAAAAAAAAACCAAUUAAUAUUCGUAUCAAAUUGGAACCAUCUCAAGGCAGUGUCAGCAAUUAUGAGAUGCUUGUUGAAGUCUAUUUACAUGUUAAAUGUCCACCACUGUAUCCAGAAGAGUUACCAAAUAUUCAAUUGGAAGAAAGCAAAGGCCUUAAAUCUGAUGAUUUAGAAAAACUCUUGCAUGAGCUAUUCGAAAUUGCUAAGAAAAAAAAAGGAAAUGAAUCUAUUUUCGAUUUGUGCCAAUGUGUACAGGAUUUCUUAUAUGAGCACAAUAAAAAAAAGUUAGCAUUUAGAGAAAAAGAAGAGGAAAGGAAACGUGCUGAGAAAAGGGAGGAGGAGAGGAAGGCUAAAGAAUUGGAUGAAGAACUAUCCAGAUUCAUAAAUUCCAAAAAAACCCUAGCUGUUCCAUCAUACUCAUCAUCUGUAGAAAGAAGUAGUUCUCCAGAAGAAAUUAUUGAAGUUUGUUCCCAUGAACCUGUAUGCAAAAUCGAUUUAGGUUCAAGACAUAUUUUGAGAGGAAAAUGCUUAAAGCACUUUAGCUCAAAUCAUUCUGUUCAUGUUGGAUUUGAUGUGGAAAGUGGCGGAAACUAUACAGUGUAUGAAUGGAAACUGACAAAUUUUAGUGACAAUGAGGAACAAAUAUUCAAACAAAUAAGAGCUAUAGAACAAGAAUUCAACUCAAGCCUCAAGUCACUGAAACAUGAUAAUUUAAUAUCAUAUUAUAACAUCACAUCAAGCAAACAGGGGGAUCAUUAUAUCAUCCAAACAGUGGAGGAACAGAUCGAUGCUCUCAACUGCCACACCUUAUUCGUCAAAUGUGAGAUCAAGAUCGGUAUUCAAUAUACAAGGUAUAUCGCAAAGAAUGUGCUAAAAGCUUUAGAUUAUUUACAUAGUAAGAAUAUAGUCCAUAGAGAUCUAGGAGGUUCCUGUAUUUACAUACUUGAAGGAGAUAUUGUGAAAGUUGCAAAUUAUGCGACACAUCGAAGACUUUCGGAUUUGGUGGAAAACAAAGUAUCUGUGUAUUAUAAUAAAAAAAAGGAUAUUCUAAGAUUCGGGAAGUUCAUUCUUGAAUUAGUUUCCGGCAUACCAGCAUCUGAUGAGGAAGAAAUGAAUAUACCUGUAUCGCUACCUCUUGAUCUUUACGAUUUCCUCGGACGAUGUAAAGAUGAAGAGCAGCAAUACUCAGCGGCUGAGUUACUGAAACAUGAAUUCAUUACCCGAAACUCCCCUCAAAUGGAUCAUGGGGAUGACGAAUCAGAAGAUCCUGAGAACAAUUUCAACUUUAAAAUGCAGAGGAGAAAUCUAAUAAGAUAUACUUCAACAAGUUUAGAUCAGUCUAGGAUAUCGUCUGAAUUUGAAUUGAUAGAUCUACUUGGAGAAGGUGCCUUCGGCAGCGUUCAUAAGUAUAAGAACAAACUGGACGAACGAUUCUAUGCAAUCAAAAAAAUCCCAUUGAACAUAAGGAGUAAGCAUACUAUCAAAAAAAUCAAAAAUGAAGUCAAGCUUCUCUCUAGAUUGGAUCAUGAGAAUGUCGUGAGGUAUUUCACUUCAUGGAUCGAAGAAAUAGAUGAAGAUGAUACGGCAAGUUCGUGCGAGGCCUCUUCUUCAACGGGGCAAGAAGAGAAUGUGAAAUUCAUUAAAAAACCUGAGCAGUUGUCUCUGUAUGAUGAUGUAGAGAAAUUAGCACCUCCGAUAAGUAAAAAUAAAGUUUCAACAACUUAUAGCCAUCUCCAAUCCGAGUCUUCGUCUGACUCUGAGUCUAGUGACGAUGACGAUGAGGAAAACAAUAGUUCUAGUAAAAAAUCGGAGUCUGAUGACAUAAUAUUUGAAGAGUCAGAAAAUGCAUCAAAAUCAAAUGACAACAUUGCAGAAGAAAGUAAGGAAUCAAAAAAUAAAGUUCGAAAUUUGACGAGAACGUACAUGUAUAUUCAGAUGGAAUUUUGCGAGAAGAGUACCCUUAGGUCAGCAAUCGAUUACACUUCCUUAUGCAAUGAUGAGCCCAGAGUUCAACGACAUUUUAGAGAAAUUCUUGAAGGCCUAGAUUAUAUUCACAGGCAAGGAAUGAUUCACAGAGAUCUGAAACCGGCAAAUAUUUUUUUGGACAUGAGGAACCGCGUCAAAAUCGGUGAUUUUGGACUGGCCACGAGAAAUCUGAAGGGCAAACUGAAUGACGACCAUACCCAUAAAAGCGAAUUGGAUUCUUUGAAGGAUAUGGGUGAGAGUAAGACUGGACAUGUGGGGACCUUUUUUUAUGUAGCCCCUGAAGUGAAUGCCAAUGCCAAAGCGGUUUAUAAUUCAAAAGUUGACAUUUAUAGUUUAGGUAUUAUUUUAUUCGAAAUGUGCUACAAGCCAUUUCCGACUGGAAUGGAAAGACACUCAGUGUUAGUUGACUUGAGGACUAAGGAUGUUAAGUUUCCAAAAGAUUUCGAAUCAACUUUAGUGAGAAAAAAUGCAGUCAUGAUCAGAUUGCUCUUGGAACAUGACAUUUCCAAACGACCCACAGCACAAGACAUACUGAAAUCGGAACUUGCGCCUCCUCCUAUUUUCGAGGAUAUAGAACUGUUCAACUAUAUGAGCUAUACGGUUGCGAAUCCUCAAACCAAAGUGUACAAAUCGUUAAUAGGGAAUCUGUUCAAGCAAAAACUGCCCCUAAUCAAAGAUUUAACCUAUGAUUAUGACGAAUCGUCCACCUCCUUUGGUAAAAGCUUGGAUGUGAAUUUUGACUUAGUAAAGACGAUAGCAGUAAAUGUGUUCAUGAAUCAUGGUGCCAAAAAUAUGUUCACACCCCAUUUUAUGCCUUUUAGUAACACUUACACAUAUCAGGAUAAAGAAAACUGCGUUAAAUUAAUGACUCAUGGGGGAGAUAUAGUUUCCAUUCCAAGUGAUCUCAGGGUACAUUUUGCCCGCUAUGUAGCGUGGAAUUCUUUGUAUUUGAUAAAAAGAUAUUCGAUUGAAAGAGUUUUCCAUGAGCAGAAGGUGUUUGGAGUCAGUCCGAAAGGUUUAUAUGAAUGUGCCUUCGAUAUAGUGACCCCCUCCCCAGGUAAACACUUAUUAUCUGAUGGAGAAGUUCUACAAACAGUGUAUGAAAUCUUGAGCCAAUUGCCAGUUUUCAACAGUGAGAAUGUAGUUAUACAUUUGAACCAUACGUCAUUGCUGACAGCUAUAAUGCUCCACUUCGGGAUAGAACAAGAAUUGCACUCUAAAAUUCUAGAAAUAUUUUGUGGGCAUGAAAACAAAAGUAACGACUUGAAUAAUAGCCUUGUCAAUUUGAAAUUAUCCAUUUCUCAAAUCAUCAGCUUGACUGGUAUAUUUUUCUCCAAAACCGAACCCGGUAAGGUCCCACAGAUCAUUAAAACAAUACUGAAUAGUAAAGUAGAUGAAAUCAAGAAGUGUGGUACUGAAGCUUAUCAAGAACUGAAAAAAAUCAUGGAUAUCGCAAAAGAAAUGGGUGUUGGGUUCGCGAUUUGCAUCGUACCAGGAUUGAUGUAUAACUUUCAACAAUUCUCCGGGAUGAUUUGUAAAUUUCUGUUUAUAAGAAACAGACAUAAACAGAGUAAAAUGGAGACACUGGCUGCAGGAGGUAGAUACGAUGCAAUGAUUGCCCACUAUAGAAGCCUGUUCCUUGAAACGCACCUGGCUAAAAAUAUAUCGCAGUCCGCUGUUGGUAUAUCGAUAUUUUUGGAUAAAGUCGUUCAAUUGCUUCAAAAAAGCCAAUCUCCUGGUGCCAGUCUAAAGUUUGCGGAUGUUCUGGUCUGUUUGGAAGAAGAAUGGCCUCCACAACGAGUGGUGACAGUACUGAACAACUUAUCAUCACUUCAAAUACAGUGGAUUUUAUUUCAAACUAAUUCAAUCAAAGAGGCAUAUGAAUAUAGUGAAGACUUGAGAAUUCCCCACCUCGUUUUGCUGCUGAAAGACUACAAUGAAAAAAAAAUCUUUUUGAAAAGCUGGAACGAAGACAGAUCUAGGUAUCGAGAAAAAGAGUGCAACAUAACUGAAUUAGUCGAAGAACUUAACAAAGCCAUAAAGAAAGGUUCUCAAACUAAUGAUGUUGCAUUGAGUAGGUCCGAAAGUAAGACAUUCGUUGAAAAACCCAUUGAGUCCAUAACGAUAGUAUUCCAUACAGCAGUUCCUUCAAGAACUCGCAUCGAGAGUCAAAUUAACUCGAAGUUGGAUGAAAUUAGACAACGAUACCAUGGACCAAUAGUAGUUCUAGCUUUCAAUCUCGAUAUGGACAUCAUAAAAAUGCUAGCCACAUACCUAGAAUUCCAUUCUGAAAGUGCAUUCCAGAAAUCUGUGAAACAUCUAGACCAGAGGCAUGUUAAAGAGAAGAAACUGCAAGAAGUUAGCGAGUUUAUUUAUGAACAUAAGACCAAAUCAAAUAGGCCAUUUGUAAUUUUAUACAGUUUGAAAGAAUCAGCUUAUAGGUAUAUAUAGAAAUUAACGACGUAUUUUAUUACUACACUGUUGACUGAAGUUAAGCUUUUUAUUUAUGAUUGAUCUAUUUUGAAGUACAAUAUUUAUCCAAGAUACAUAUGAAUUUUUAUUUAAUAUAAAAUAUUGGU